AUGUCUACAUUUAGGAAUAGUGUAAGUCCAAGUAAAUAUCAAGAAUUCGAUCCAGAAUCUGGUGAUGUUUCAAGAAAGAAAUCAUUGGUUAGAAGAGAAAGGUCAAGGAUGGAUCCUACAAAUCCAAGAUAUCAUUAUACUCAAGUAACAAAUCAAGAAUCUGAUCAUUUACGUGUUUUACCAAGUUCUACUGGAUUAGAUCCUCAAAAUUCCAAUACCAAUUCAAAUCCCGAUCAUUUAAGUCCUGCAAGAUCUCAUGGUAGAUCACCUUUAAGACAAACUAUUAAUGCUUCAAAUCAAAAUCAAGGUGAUGAAGGUAUACCACUUAUGGAUAUUGCUAAUCAAUCUCCUCAAAAAAAUCAAGGUAGAGAAAUUUUUGGAUUAAAUGAUGAAAUUGAUGAAGAUGAUUAUAAAGAUAUUGGUAGAAAAAAUUCUAGAAAACAAAGAGUUAUUGCUAAAGUAAGAAAUCCUUAUCUUGAACAAUCAAAAUCUUCUAAUAAUAAUAUUUAUCUUUGGAAAAUUUAUUGUUAUAUUAUAACAUUUUGGGCUCCAUCUCCUUUAUUAAAAUUAUUUGGUUUAAAAAGUAAAGAUCGUCAAUUUGCUUGGAGAGAAAAAAUUGCUUUAUUAUCUUGUAUUCUUUAUGUAGCAACUUUAGUUGCUUAUUUAACUUUUGGAUUUACUAAAACAGUUUGUUCAAAUAAACAAGUUAGAACCCAAAUUAAUCAUGUUAAUUCUGGUCAUUUAAUUAUUAAUGGUAGAUCAUUUGAUUUAACAUCAUCAAAACAUCCAGGAGCUGCAGGAAUUCCUGCUGGUUCAAAUAUUUUAUAUCCUCCUGUAAAUGCUGGAGGUAUGGAUGCAUCAUUUUUAUUUCAAAAUGUUAAUGGGAAUUGUAAAAAUUUAAUUAUUCCAAGAGAUAAUUGUACAAUUCCAACUAAUGGUAAUGAAUUAGCUUGGUAUAUGCCUUGUAGAACAUUUAAUCAAGAUGGAUCAUCUAAACCAAAUAAUACUCAAGUUUAUUAUAAUGGUUGGGCUUGUCAUACCAGUAGUACAGCUAGAGAAGCUUAUUAUGGUUUAAAAGUUGAUGGUGAUGUAUAUUUUACUUGGAAUGAUAUUAAAAAUAGUUCAAGAAACUUAGUAGUAUAUUCAGGUAAUGUUCUUGAUCUUGAUUUACUUAAUUGGAUUCAAACUGAUGAUGUAACUUAUCCAGGAUUAUUUGAUAAAUUACGUCAAGAUUCAACUUAUAGAGGUCAUGAUAUUUCUUUAGUAUUAACUCAAGCUGAAGAACGUCAAGCUGCAAGAUGUCUUACUGAAAUUAUUAAAGUUGGAACUAUUGAUUCUGAUACUAUUGGAUGUAUUGCAUCUAAAGUUGUAUUAACCGUUUCAUUAACAUUUAUUUUAUCAGUAGUUGUAACUAAAUUUAUUAUGGCAUGUUAUUUUAAAUGGGUUAUUUCAAGAAAACAAGGAGCAACGGAAAUUGAUAAUAAAACUAUGGCUAUAAGAAGUCAACAAAUUGAUAAUUGGGUUGAAAAUAAUAAUCAAUCUAAAUUACUUAAGACUGUUCCUAUUAAAAAUAGAGCUGGUUAUAAAUCGGCUAAAACUAAUAGACAAACUGCUAAUAAUGAAUUAAAUCAAUAUUAUGAUAAUGCAGAUGCUGCUUUAUCAAAAACUUUUAAAUAUACUACCAUGACAACUCAAAUGGCUUUAUUAGGUAAUAAUGCAACUAAUAAUAGAAAAUCAGGAUUAAAAUCAAUGGGAACUCGUCAAUCUACUUUAUAUUUAAGUGAUCAAGGUUCUUCAACUGAUUUAUUAAAUAGACCAAUAUCAAGAUAUAAUCCUUUUGAAAGUAUGGAAGAUUCUAUGCCUUCUUUAUCUCCUGAUAUUAUUCAUCCUGAUGUAGUUCCUCAACCUCCAGUAGAAUAUCAACCAUUUAGUUAUCCUUUAGCUCAUACUUUAUGUUUAGUUACUUGUUAUUCUGAAGAUCAAGAUGCUAUAAGAACAACUUUAGAUUCAGUAGCAACAACUGAUUAUCCAAAUUCUCAUAAAUUAAUCUUUAUUAUAUGUGAUGGACUUAUUAAAGGUUCAGGUAAUUCAAAAACUACCCCUGAUAUUGUUUUAGACAUGAUGUCUGAUUUUACAAUUCCUCGAGAAAAUGUCGAAUUAAAUUCUUAUGUUGCUGUAGCUCAAGGUAGUAAACGUCAUAAUAUGGCUAAAGUUUAUGCUGGAUUUUAUAAAUAUGAUGAUAAUACUGUUCCACCAGAAAAGCAACAAAGAGUUCCAGUAAUUACUAUUGUUAAAUGUGGUACACCAAGUGAAGCUUCAACUCCAAAACCUGGUAAUAGAGGUAAACGUGAUUCUCAAAUUAUUUUAAUGUCUUUCUUACAAAGAGUUAUGUUUGAUGAAAGAAUGACUAAUUUAGAAUAUGAAAUAUUUAAUAGUAUUUGGAGAAUUACUGGGUUAAUGCCUGAAUUAUAUGAAAUAGUUUUAAUGGUAGAUGCUGAUACAAAAGUAUUUCCUGAUAGUUUAACUCAUAUGAUAGCUGAAAUGGUUAAAGAUCCUUCAGUUAUGGGAUUAUGUGGAGAAACAAAAAUUGCCAAUAAAAAGCAAAGUUGGGUUACUGCAAUUCAAGUUUUUGAAUAUUAUAUUUCUCAUCAUCAAGCUAAAGCUUUUGAAUCAGUAUUUGGUGGAGUUACAUGUUUACCUGGAUGUUUUUGUAUGUAUAGAAUUAAAGCUCCAAAAGGUUCUGAUGGUUAUUGGGUUCCUAUUUUAGCAAAUCCUGAUAUUGUUGAAAGAUAUUCUGAUAAUGUAGUCGAUACUUUACAUAAAAAGAAUUUAUUAUUAUUAGGUGAAGAUAGAUAUCUUUCAUCUUUAAUGUUAAGAACUUUCCCAAAAAGAAAACAAAUCUUUAUACCAAAGGCUGCUUGUAAAACAACAGUUCCUGAUAAAUUUAAAGUUUUAUUAUCUCAACGUCGUCGUUGGAUUAAUUCAACUGUUCAUAAUUUAAUGGAAUUAGUUUUAGUAAAUGAUUUAUGUGGUACUUUCUGUUUUUCAAUGCAAUUUUGUAUUUUUAUUGAAUUAGUUGGUACUUUGGUUUUACCAGCUGCUAUUUGUUUUACUGUUUAUGUUAUUAUUAUUGCCAUUAUUUCAAAACCAACUCCAAUUUUAACUUUAGUACUUUUAGCUAUUAUUUUUGGAUUACCGGGUUGUUUAAUUGUCAUAACUGUUUCAAAUGCCGUUUAUCUUAUUUAUUUUGUUAUUUACCUUUUUGCUUUACCAAUUUGGAAUCUUGUAUUACCAAGUUAUGCGUAUUGGAAAUUUGAUGAUUUUAGUUGGGGUGAAACAAGAACAGUGGCUGGAGGUGAUAAAGGUGAUCAUAGUGAUUCUGCUGGUAAAUUCGAUUAUUCAAGUAUUACUAUGAAACGUUGGAGAGAAUAUGAAAGAGAUAGAAGAAGUCAAGAAAAUAAUGGUUUAGAAGUUCCUAGAGCAACUUGGGAUCCAUCAAAUCCAGAAAUUAUUGGAGAAGAGGAAUAUUCUGAAGGUUCAGGAUCAACUCGUUAG